AAGGAUGCCAAGGAAGAAGAAGCCCACAGAGGGCCUGCACUCUCAAGGUCAAGAUGGGGAGGAAGAAGAGGAAGAGAAGAGGAACCCAGCCAAUGCCAAGAAGAAGCGCAGUUUUGUGGAUGCGUUUAUUGUUAUAUCUGACAGCGAUGGAGAGCAGGAGUCAAAGGAAGAGACUGGAUUGCAAAAGAAGAGAACAAAACAGCAGCUGGAUAGAACGAAGUUUGCUGCUAAAAGGAAAAUUGCACAGAUGACUGAAGAGGAGCAGUUUGCACUGGCCCUGAAAAUGAGUGAGCAAGAAGCCAGACAAGUGAACUGUCAGGAAGAGGAAGAGGAGGAGCUCUUGAGGAAGGCCAUUGCUGAGAGCCUUAAUAGCUGUCAGCCCUCAGACUCCUCUGAUGCAACCCCUCACUUGCCUACAGAAGCACUGGGCAUGCGAGGCCAAAGCCAGCCCGCUGAGAAAGAAGGCUCUGAGAUCCUGGGAGGUCUGGCACUUUGCCCUGACACCCCUCGCUCCGAGUGCAGCUCCCACUCACAGAGCGCCAGAGCUGAUGGGAACGGACAGAUGGAUGUCACCCGGAGCCCCCUGGUAGUGUUGAGGAGGUUAAGCCAGGAAAUCGUUGAAAGCUCACUAGUAUCCAGCAUAAUCGUGUCUCCGGGGAAGGGCCAGCCUGUGACAAGGUCAAGUGAAAAGCCUUCCUCACCAGUAAAAAGUGAUUCUAGUAAUGUGGUACCCAGCACUUUUGGAGACAACCUCAUCUCUUUGAGUCCCACCUUUGGUAGGGUGACUUCAGGCUCCUGGCGACUGACACCUCGGAGACUGUUCACAAGCCCCUCCAGCUCUUGCGAUGCAACAGGCCAUGAACCAAAAGAGCAGCCCCUGCCCUGCACUGGCCAUUCUGCGCAAGAAGCUAGUGCCGGGAGCUCAGCCAUGCUGUGGAAGAGUUGGACCAUGGAGCGGUGUAGCAGCCCCAGGAGGAGUGGUGGAGGAGCAGGUACCACACACACCUCGCAGCCCGGGCACGCUGCCAAAGUCCAUGUUUCCACAGAGCGAGCAGAGCAGAACGAGGUGUCUGACAGUACCCCUGAGCUUCACAUGCUGAAUGCAGCGGAGGAGAAGCAAAAGCAGGAGGAGGCGAGAGACACAGUGCACUAUUACUGGGGCAUCCCCUUCUGCCCCAAAGGGGUGGACCCCAACCAGUACACCAAAGUCAUCUUGUGUCAGCUGGAGGUUUACCAGAAGAGCCUGAAGCAGGCUCAGAGGCAGCUGUUGCAUAAGAAGGAGUUUGGUAACCCAGUUGUGCCCAGUUCUUCCUUGAGCCAAAAUGAGCUUGGGAAAGGAGAGCAGAUAAGCAGGGAGAAUGGAGUUGCUGAUGAUACAGAAGAUGGAGACCCAGAUGGGCAGAAAGAAUCUGAGAGCAUCACCUGGCUCCUCCCUUCAAAGAGGAGGGAGGCAGAGAGUCCAGGGCAUAGCAUAGAAGAAGAGAAGAAUUCCACUUCUGAUGAUGAACCGACCACCAGCUACUGCCAGAAUUUUCCUUUCCAGGCCUCCCAGGUGCUGCCUGCAGAGGAUGUGGCUGAAGACGGAGAACCCAUGCAAAUUGCACAGAGCAUCUCCAUGUUGACCCCACUUGGCAGUAAAAGGAGCCCAGAUAUUGCUACAGAAAACUCUGCUGAAGAAGAGAUCUCUGUUUGCCCAGAGACCCAGCCGAGUCCACUGGAAGCUAUUGAGGCGGAGAGAGAAGAGCUCUGCUUGGGCAGCAGAGAUGAACCUGUGCAGGCUGGUGGGGAUGAAGAUGCUGGCAGGACUGUGUCUGAGUGCAGUCCUACAGCUGCUGACCGUGUGUUGUGCCCGCUGUGUGACCAAGGCUUUCCAGCUACGAAGAUCGAGCUGCAUGCCAUGUACUGCAACGGCAUUGUGGGAGAGGAGAUUGGCGAGGACAGUCCAGAUGCCUGGAGAGCAGGUCUGGAAAGGCUGCUCAGGCUUCCUGAAGGAACAGAAAUUGUUGGACCCAUCAUCAGCAUGCUGGUCAGCUGGGAUCUUGCUAGCUACCCACAUGUGUCAGAACUGGCCCUUCCCUGCUGCCGCUGGAGAGCAGCACCACUGAUGCUUAAGCCCUGGUAGAGAUCUUCAUCCAGAGGCCCCACAGAGCUGUAUGUGGACAGUAGUACAGAUCACCACCGGGUCACAUGGGCGGUGGAAAGAGCAGUGAGUGUAGGCUAAUUGUUGUAACCUUCCCUUUCCAGCAUGAUCUGUAUCCCUCCCCAGCAAGCUUUGCUCUUCCUACUGCAUCUGCAGAAGGGCUGGUGCCCCCGCACAGCCCCUGCCUUGGCUCUCCUUCCCCCUGAGCUCGUGGUUAUCAUGCUCCCUCCCCUGCAGUAGACACAGGUGCUUAGUUUGGCAGGGAGCGGUGCUGUGCUGCUGGAGCAGCUGUGUAACUCUUCUUCCAGGCUGUUGCACUGCUGCGCAUCAGCUUUAAAAUUACUGUAAACUGCCUACUGUUGAUCCAGCUGUUUCUGGCAGAAGACAGUGUGAAAUGACUAGCUGGCUUCCAAGUCCAGGGAAGGUAACUUCUUCAGUAUCCCCUCAGAAAAAAGGAGAAUUGGCCAGCUACCUCUUCUGCAGGAAAGAAGACCCUGCCAGUCUAGUAUUUCUUUGACCAUCACUUCUGCUGCAGCCUUGACUGGAAGAGAUUGAAACAUGUUGCAUUCGGGCAUGGUGUAGGGAUGCUUUUGGGGUGGAUGGCAG